CGGAGCCGCGCGCUCCCGCCUCGAGGGCGGGCGCUGGGCGGCCUAGCAGAAGGGCGGGGCGCAGCCGACGUGGAUUUAAAGCGGCGGAUCUGGCUGGGCCGCCGGGCGGGAACCGAGAGCGGACGCGACUACGCGGGCGCGGCGGGAUAUGCAGUACCCAUUCUAAGCUCCAGAGAGUCAACUUUUACGGAGCCCAGCAGCACCAUGAAGUCCAAUCCUGCCAUCCAAGCUGCCAUUGACCUCACAGCGGGGGCUGCAGGUACACUAACCGGGAAGCACGGCGACACAAUGAACGCGAAAAAGCACACCUUCCACAACCCAAACCAGCGCCGCACAAAAAACCGCCUGAAGAACCACCCCCAGGUGGCAGUCCGAGAAGCAGAAAAGAGCACGAGAACAGCGCUAAUGGCCAACACAGCACACAAAGAAACACAAGUCACAAAAUAUCGACACUGCAAACAGCCAGGGCGCACACUACCACAACGAGACACGCAGACAAAACCGAAAAGACCACACACAGAGAGCAGAAUGACUAGUCAAAAAUACCCACAGAAGUUCUUCUCUGUUUGUGCUUUCAGUGAUGUGCAGAAUGCAGCUGCAGGAUCCGUCGCCUCUGCUUUUGCGGCUCUGGUGCUGUGCCCCACAGAGCUUGUGAAGUGCCGGCUGCAGACCAUGUUUGAAAUGGAGACAUCAGGAAAGACAGACAGAAGCCAGAAUACAGUUUGGUCUGUCGUGAAAAGUGUCCUUAGGAAGGAUGGCCCCUUGGGCUUCUACCAUGGACUCUCAAGCACUUUACUUCGGGAAGUACCAGGCUAUUUCUUGUUCUUUGGGGGCUAUGAACUAAGCCGAUCAUUUUUUGCAUCAGGGAGAUCAAAAGAUGAACUAGGCCCUGUCCCUUUGAUGUUAAGUGGUGGAGUUGGUGGAAUUUGCUUGUGGCUUGCUGUAUACCCAGUGGAUUGUAUAAAAUCCAGAAUUCAAGUUCUUUCCAUGUCUGGAAAACAGGCAGGAUUUAUCGGAACCUUUCUAAGUGUUGUGAGAAAUGAAGGAAUAACAGCUUUAUAUUCUGGACUGAAACCUACAAUGAUUCGCGCCUUCCCUGCCAAUGGCUCACUAUUUUUGGCCUACGAGUACAGUAGGAAGUUGAUGAUGAGCCAGAUGGAAGCAUUCUGAAGUGCCUGGUGGGCCUGCCUCCAAAGCACAGGCAUUUGAGGACUACUGAUCAUCUCAGGGUUUCAUGGAGUACAAGAACAACGUGGAAUUAUUUUGAUUUAUUGGAAAUUUUCUCUUUAUCUUCCCUUCUACCCUAAACCUUAAACUUGAUGGAAGCACCUCUAUUUUACAUCACACAAUUCCUGCCCAUAAUUGAAAGAGAAAAGUUGUUGCUCUAGCCCUUGAUAAAAUACACCAGAUGGCUUGUGGUCCUAUGCACCUAACUUGAAAGGCUUCAUGUAGUUCUGUCAGACCAUUGUUUAUGCAUAAAACUGUGUGUAUACAUGCAGUUUGGAUGUUUAUGUAUUGAGGGAAACACAGUUUGGUUCCAUGGUUAACCUCAAAUACUACCAGAAAACCCAGAGGUGACUGUGUGUGUAUGUGAAAAUGGUUAUAAAUGAUUGCUUAACCCAUUGUAGAUGUACUUAAAGUCUACUGUACUUAUGUACUAAGAGGUUAAAGGUUUUUAAGUGGUACUUGAAAACUAAAAUAUUCACAUAGAUUUCUAAGAAAAUAGGCUUGCAUACUGGUGUGGCUUCUGUAUUCUUGAAAAAGUUUCAGAGUUUCAUUGUGGAUUUUUUCCAUGAUCCUUUACUGUUAAAAUAGUGCCAUUCAUUUUCUAGGUGGGCUUGUAUUCUGUGUUCUGAGUGUACUGCUAGUUGUGACCCAGACCAUCAGGCCUUUGGGGAGCAGUAUAACUCUUACCAGCUUCCUUCCUCCCCUUCUCCCAAAGAGCUUCCCCUGAGCUUGGCUGUAGAUAGAGGGUGGGCCGAGGGGAUGCGCUGUGCUGCUGUGCUGUGAUGAAGAUCCAUGUGGCUCACAGCAGCUCUUACCUAAUUCUGUCUCUUGGUCCUGACCUGGGUAGACUUGCAGUCCAUCCACUUUGGAAUAUUCAUUGUCUCACCUGUCCUACUUUACUUCUACCAAUUGGAAGCUCUUCCAGAGGGGAGAGAGUACCAAACCCAAGAGAAGCCUUUGCUCCCUGUUCGAUGAUCUAAUGAUAGUCAUGGGUGCAGCCCUCUUCUGUCAAACAGAGCAGAAACAGUGCUUAGAGUUCACAGUAAGUGAGCCUCACCUGUCCUGAAGUUUACCUUGGGAUCCAUAACUCCCUGCCAUGCAUCUUGGUGCCUUCUGUACUUUGGGCUGGCAGGCAGUCCUGAAUUUUAAUAACUUUAGAUGGGCUGUGCCUUUAUAAAGCACACUUAAUAACUAUAGCACACUAUAAUAACUUUAGAUGGGGAGCAUAAGAAAAGCAAUUUUAUUAAACUAGGCAGUGUGUAUUCCUAACCAAGAAAAGCAAAUCCCACUGGAGAUCUGAUCCACAUGGAUUUGGGAUGGACAACUGUUCUUUGGCUAUGGAGUUACGGUCAGGAAUCAGUCUUGUCACACUAAAGUGCCCUUCUCGUUCUGUGCUGCUCUAAGACCAGCAGGGUGCUCUCAAUAAAUAUUCUUAAGAGGUCUGAAAAGCCAGAAGUAAGCAGGCUGAGGAUGUUAAUGAAUCCUUACCUUGUAUGUCUGUUCCUGUGGGCAGAAUGGCAACUCUGGGUAAAACCUUAUUUCCUUAAGCUUCCUGCUAUUUGCCAUGCCUCUGGCAACUCUUAGCCAUUGUGCCAGGAUCUGGAGGGUGGAAGCAAGGUGCAUGCUGCCAAAUGUGGAGGGCUGAGAGCUAUGGAUUUGGGGCAGUGCUGCUUGUCGUGCUAUAGCUGGUCCUCUGUUUACCCCCACCUCUUUUUUUAUGAUACUGCAGAUGAAACCUAGGGCCUUCACACUGAGCUACAUCCCCGGCUCUAUCUUCUAAUUUUGAGACAGGGUCUCAUUAAAUCACUAAGUUGCCCAGGCUAGGUUCAAGCUUGCAGUUUUCCUGCCUCAGCCUUCCAGAACCUCCAUUUUUUCUUUACAAGAAAACCAUUUUUUAUACUUUAUUUUUCUCUAUAUAUUUAAAUGGUCAGUAGCUACUAAGUGGUGCUUCAACUGAACAAGCCUGGAUUGAAGUAAAAUAGAGAAAAUGGGACUGGCUGCUAGCAAGAAGGGAGCUGCUUAGGAGUCCAUGGUCCUCCUUCAUGGCACUCAGGGGCUGGUCCCAGGCAGUGCAGUUGGCAGAUCUUUUCACAGAUUGUCCAUUAAAGAUUUAACUAAAUAUCUUCAAUAGCAAUAGUCUGAAGCAAGUGAAGUGAGGAAUCAAAAGACGAAUUUUUUUCAUUCUGUCUGUUUAAUUUGUGGUUCAAUAUUUGGAUACAGUUUGUAACAUUUCAGAUCUGUACUCCAGAGAAAAAUAUAACUUGAAAUUAUGUUUAAAGAAAUUUGAGUCUUAUAUUAUCAUUAAAUUAUUUACCUAAUGUGA